AUGACCACACCAUGCAUUAAGAUGCUGCUGGCAUGGCAACAGUAUAACAUCAUGAGUCAGCCCGCGCAAUUAUCUCUACCUGACCUCAAGCUCCUUCUGAUAAGUAAUGUUACCGUCAACAGCGUCUUCAAAAACUUCCUGAUCCAGGUGAACACCAAUGGCGCCAUAUCAUUUAUGCAGCCUAUCAGUCAGUACACGCCCGCUCCAUUUCCACUCCACAAUUCACUGAGAAUGGUUGCUCCUUUCUGGACCGACGUGGAUACCACAAGAAACACGGGUCGUGUCUUCUACAGGGAGGUUACAUCAGCAACAGACCCGGGACUAAUGCAAAGAGUUGACGUUAUCAUACACAUUGCCUUCCCAGGGUUUAGAAAUCUGACGGCCACGUGGGCCUUUGUUGCCACGUGGAACAACGUCACAUAUUUUGGUGGGAAUCAAUAUACUCCUACGAACACAUUUCAAGCAGUCUUGGCGACCAACGGGAGACAUUCGUUUGCCAUCUUCAACUACGCUAAGAUAACCUGGACAACUGGAACUGCUAGUGGCGGAGAUAGAAGAACAGGUCUGGGAGGCACACCAGCACAGGUUGGCUUCGACUCCGGUGAUGGUGAACACUACCAUGCGGUGAAUGAAUCUCGCACGGACGCCAUAGUUAACAUCUCCAGAACUAGCAACGUCCAGACUCCUGGACGCUGGGUGUUCCAAAUAGACAAGGCUGAAGUGAAGGAAGGAGGGUGCAAUACAGUGGGCACCUUGGUGAUUUCUCCCGUCAGAGGAAACAUCCUCGGAGGGGAGGAGAUCUUGUUAUCUGGACCUUGUAUUGAUUCGGAAGAACAUGAUAUCGUGUGUAAAUUUGGUGACGUCACAGUGGAGGGAAAAUACCACAAAAACAGGACAGCCAAGUGUAUUACUCCGCCGCUCUUUGUCAUGGGGAGAGCAGAUGUACAGCUUUCCAUCAAUGGGGGCACCAAUUUUACACAUAGAGGAUUUUUUAUACCAGAAUACAACGAGGUAUUUUCUAAAGUUACACGUGUUGACGAUACGAAAUGGCGCGAAAGUGGUCCAUAUUACAUAGAAUGGACGCCAGAGCAGGUUCUAGAUGGUGAACAGAACGCAGAAAUUGUGGACAUAGAUCUUCUUGCAUUUGAGUCGAUAUGUAGAAGGCCCGCCAUAUGGACAGAUAUCCACGUGCUUCAGUGGCACACUUACAAUCACCUAGCAACGGUGCUGCAGGAGGGGAAGAUCCCAAGCGGCUUUCUUAAAGAAACAUUUUAUCAAAUACAACAACUCAAUUUACUCGGCGGCUCAUGGGAAGGUACUAAAAGAAACAUCUACAAUCAGUCGCGUGUGAUUAAUUCAAUCUGGUGUAGAAAUUGGUACCAAAGUGACAAAUACAAGUACGAAAUAUUGCCACAAGAUCUCCCACCAUGUCCCGUCACUUUACAGCAAGCCCUUCGAGACCGAGGCCGUUUCCAUGCCGACCCGACGUGUCACCGUGGAGACCGCAAUGGUUGUAUCUUACAUCCGGGAGCUUUGCAUUGCGUCCGCUCAAAUGAAUGCAGCGGAUCGGGAGCCGGCCAACAGUGCUGCUACGACCAGCAAGGCAAUCUCCUCAAUGUGGCCGACAAUCAUGGCGGAGGAACCAUGGUUAUUUCGCACUACAAGGGAUGUCGUUAUCCGCCCGUGGUGCCGUAUAUCAGUCACUUCUACACAGACUUACGUCCACACGCGUGGUGCUGUCACAGUUCUGGUAACAUGUCCCUGUGCUCGGAAACGUACAUGCAGAGACGACCCUCCCGUGACGGCAGAGGGUACCAGCCGCCUAGACCAGCCACUGGUGUCGGUGACCCUCACGUGGUGACACUGGACGGACUACGCUACACGUUUAAUGGGAUAGGAGAAUACAGCCUUGUAGAGAGCACGAACCAGACGUUCACGUGCCAGGGGAGGACAAAACAAGUUGACGGACAGAACGGUGAGAAAGGCCUGGCGUCCGUGUGGGCAGCACUGGCCAUGCGCGGCCACAACACCAGCAGGGUCCAGGUAUCUUAUAGUAAACUUUGGGGGAUGGAGGUGUUCGUAGAUGACGACAUGAUUGACUUUGAUGAAGUAGGAAACAUUGUCCCUGGCAUAGAAGGCAUUGAAAUCGAAAAGGUGGCCAACGACUCAAAAGCCUUUAUAAGUUUUGAGGAUGAAGAAGUAUAUGUUGAUGUGCAGAUUGCAAACGGCGUUUUGAACUUUUUGCUCUACCUUCCAAAUUAUUUGAAGGGGAACGUUAAAGGGCUACUUGGCGUAUGGAAUGAUGACCCCAAAGACGACCUUCUCUCACGUGAUGGACACAUGCUAAGCCCCAAUGCAUCACUUCAAGACAUUCAUUAUCAUUUUAGUGAAACGUGGCGCAUCAGUGAAACGUCAUCACUUUUCACUUACGGCAUCGGUGAAAGUUAUGCCAGCCAUCAAAAUGAAUCAUUUGAGCCCAUGUUUAAACGUCCAAAACUCGAAAACGAGACUCUGCAGAUCCAGAUGGAGGCUGUGUGUGGGGAGAGCCUCGAGUGCAUGUUUGAUUUUACAAUAACUGGAGGAAACGCUGAAAUGGCCGCAACGAGUAAAAUGGUGAUGGUUGAAUAUUCUGAAGCGGUCUCUGAAACUAAACCAGUUAUUACCUGUGGUUUUCUGGCAACAUCUACCAAUGUUAAAAAAGACAACGUCUCUACCCUGGCGGGCACCAUAGUGACCUUGACCUGCCCCGAAGGAUACGCCCUGAUUGGCCAGAGUACCGUGAAGUGCCAGGAUGAUGGGACGUGGGACAGCUAUGGCGACGCCAAGUGUAGGAAAGUUAUAACCUGUGGUUUCCUGGUUACUUCCGCCAAUGUUACAAAAGACAACCUGUCCACCCUGGCGGGCACCAUAGUGACUUUGACCUGCCCCGAAGGGUACGCCCUGAUUGGCCAGAGUACCGUGAAGUGCCAGGAUGAUGGGACGUGGGACAGCUAUGGCGACGCCAAGUGUAGGAAAGCGAGUGAACCCAGCAUGCUGAAUACCAUCGCCAUCGGGGUCGGAGCGGCUCUAGGCGCCAUUUUGUUGGUCAUUGUUACUGCCGGCAUCGUCUGCAAGGUACUGAAGAUCAAGAAGUCGAACAAAUUGAAACUGCGCUCUUCACUGUGUCAUAUAAACCAAACAUAUAAGCCGACAGAGGACUACUGGAAAUAAACAGCUCCACCGGUGACCUGUGGCACCUGCUAAACUACCGCUGUGUGUGUUGAUAAUUACAAUGUGGCCAUUUCUAUCACUAUUUUAGCCUGUUGGGCCAAAGAACAUG